UCAAAAUACUUCCGCGGCAAACGGCUGCAAAAUGAUUUCGACAUUCGUGUUGAGCAAGCAGAAUUUAAAGAACUUACUUUGGUGGCGAAUGCAGAUUCCGGUACUACUAUCAGCAUGGCUAUAUUUCGCAAUGGAACUAAAGUCGUUCGAUCAUUUCGACCAGAUUUUUUAUUGAUAAGACAGAAUUUGCGUGAUGCAGGGGAAGAUUACAAGAACCUUUUACUUGGAUUCAAAUUUGGCGGUGUACCUAGCAUCAAUUCAUUGCAUGCAGUGUAUAAUUUUCAGGACAAACCGUGGGUGUUUGCACACUUACUGCAAAUACAGCGGCGACUUGGAAAGGAUAAUUUCCCUCUUAUUGAACAAACGUAUUAUCCUGUUUACCGAGAAAUGCUGAGUUCCGCCAGGUUUCCAGUUGUACUGAAAGUAGGACAUGCCCAUGGAGGACUCGGUAAAGUAAAAGUCGACAACAAUAGCGACUUCCAAGAUAUGGCAUCUGUAGUGUCAGUGGCAGGUACUUACUGCACAGCUGAACCAUAUGUGGAAAGCAAAUAUGAUAUUCAUGUGCAGAAAAUUGGGCCUAACUACAAAGCAUUUAUGCGCAAGUCAAUCUCGGGUAACUGGAAGACAAACAUGGGAUCUGCAAUGUUGGAGCAGAUACAAAUGACAGACCGAUACAAAAUGUGGAUAGACGAGGUAGCAGAGUUGUUUGGAGGCCUUGACAUAUGUGCUCUAGAAAUUAUUGUUGGAAAAGAUGGGCGUGAAUUCAUUAUCGAGUCAUGCUGUGUGGUAGCAACACAAACUACAUCGCAAACUACAGCAAUGCAGCAUACAGGAGGUAUCUCCCCAUUGGACGACAGGACUUCUAAUGUGGGAGAAACUACAGUGCCUUUGUCUGGCUCACCAAUCCCUCCCCAGCCACGGCGUGACUCACAAGCGUCACUAUCAAGUACUGUGAGCAGCGCCGCAAGCAUUGGUCGAAGAGCUGAAGAUGCACCACGAGCAAUUUUCGGGCGUCAGGGUUCUACAACUCAAAAUGGAGAAGAUACCGAAGACACAAUGAAGAAUCUAAGAAAAACGUUUGCAGGAAUUUUUGGAGAUAUUUGGAACCGAGAAAUAAAUAUCAAUUCUACAGAUGAAGUUUUCAGAGUUUAUUACUCUAAUUUUUCAGAAUAUGCUGCAGAAAAUCUGUUAAUACUUCACUACUUCAAUUUUAUUAGAACUUGUUGUAGUAGUAGAGGUAUUCGUACUGACAAUGUUGCAGGAUUUUUCAAAGAU